GGGUUAAAGUGAGACGCGCGACCGACUACGUGUACAGUAUCGAUUUGGUUAUCGCCGAACCGCGACUCGUACGACCUUACUUCGUCCUUUGAAGAUUUCAGUUCGACUUGUGACUUCGAGCAAGUGGCUGUUUUUGUUGCUUCAGAUACCUGAAUCCUCCCAAUCGACACAAUGCCUACCACCUGGAACUACCCCGACCCCGCCGUCCAGGAGGAGCUCCGCAAGAUCGCCAAUGCGAUCGUCGCCCCAGGCAAAGGUAUCUUAGCCGCCGACGAGUCCGUGGGCACCAUGGGCAAACGUCUGGCUGACAUCGGCGCCGAGAACACCGAAGAGAACCGCAGGAAGUACAGACAAUUGUUGUUCACCACCUGCCCCACCCUCAGCGAGUCCAUCUCCGGCGUCAUCUUGUUCCACGAGACUGUCUACCAGAAGGCCGACGACGGCACCAGCUUCAUCGAGCUGUUGAACAAGAAGGGAAUCAUCCCCGGUAUCAAGGUCGACACCGGUGUCGUACCUUUGUGGAACGCCAUCAACGACGAAUGCACCACUCAAGGUUUGGAUGACUUGGCCAAACGUUGCGCCCAAUACAAGAAGGACGGCUGCCACUUCGCCAAGUGGCGUUGCGUCCUGAAGAUCAGCGACAAGACCCCAUCCUACCAGGCCAUCCUCGAAAACGCCAACGUGCUGGCCCGCUACGCCUCCAUCUGCCAGGCCAACAGGAUCGUGCCGAUCGUCGAGCCAGAAAUCCUCCCCGACGGCGACCACGACUUGGAAAGGUGCCAGAAGGUCACCGAGACCGUCUUGUCCUUCGUGUACAAGGCCCUCGCCGACCACAACGUCUUCUUGGAAGGUACCCUGUUGAAACCCAACAUGGUCACCCCCGGACAGGCCUGCAAGACCAGAGCCACCCCCGAACAGAUCGCCAAGGCCACCGUCACCGCCCUGAGCCGCACCGUACCACCAGCGGUACCCGGAGUCACCUUCUUGUCCGGUGGACAGUCCGAGGAGGAAGCCUCAGUGAACCUCAGCGCCAUCAACGCCUACCCAGGCAAGAAGCCAUGGGCCCUCACCUUCAGCUACGGCCGUGCCCUCCAGGCUUCCGUGCUCCGCGCCUGGGGCGCCAAGGACGAGAACGUGACCGCCGGACAGAACGAACUCUUGAAACGCGCCAAAGUACGCCCCUUAGUUGUUUGUUUAUUAAGGUGGUUUAUUAAUUAUUUUACUUUACAGGCUAACAGCGACGCCGCCCUGGGCAAAUACGUCGCCGGCAGCGUGACAGGAUCCGGUGGUGACGCCAGCUUGUUCGUCAAGAACCACGCAUAUUAGACGUCGUAAAUUAAAGUAGAGUUAUGUGAACCUCAGAUGUGCAAGAGUUUUUAAAAGCUAUCAAAAAGUGACAUAUAGUACCAUGGGAUAUAUUAACCAAUUGUGAAUAAAUUUUACUUGUACAACAGACAACAGACAUUGUAUUAAUUUUAACAACAUCAACACCCACUUUUUUUAUUUAUACGCAUAUAUAUUUUUUAAUUAUGUUAUUUUAUUGCAUGUACUCUGUUUUUAUUGUUAAGAUUAUUGUAAAUUAAAUGUUGAAAAUAGAUUAAAAAGUGUUGGA